AUGUCGGGUGAGCGUUCAUCAUCCACGAAUGCACAGGCGGUGCCAUCGUCGCGAGGUUCUCGUGGAAGUUCCCCGUCGCAAUCUGUUCGUGCAGGCUCUAUCGCGAGACUGGGUUCGCCCGUUCCUUCGCUACCCAACGGUACACCUGCCGUACGCCAGAUACCAACACCUUCCCAGACGGCCAACUCGUCGUCAAUACAAACACCUCUACCUGGACGCACAGAUCCACAGUCGUCGCUGCCCGGCCCAUCCGAGUCGAAUCUCUCUUCGGCGCUGAAAGAGUCACUGGGCAAUUCACCCCCACGAUUCGGCCCACCCCCGAUACGCCCGCUUUCACCCGCCCAAGAGGCGCCUCCCCGUGUCCCACCCAGCGACUACGGUUCCUUUGACGGUCGAGGUCGCUCUCCUGUACCUCACGAAGAUCCUGAGAUCGUGCGCCGACAUUUGGUAGGUCACUAUGCCUCACCGAGCAGGUCAAAUCGUGGGUACAUAGGCGAUGAUGAUGCUCAAUCAACUGGAAAGAAGCCAGAGGAAGAUGAGGAGCAAUUCUCGAGCUUGCAGCUUCAGGGCGGCGACAUCACGCGACAGAUAUACAGGUGGAGUGAGCAGCAACAGGCAGAGGAGCAGGGCAAGUUCCAGCGUAGCAAGAGCUUCCAUGGGUCGUCUCGGCGCAAGCCUGAGGAUGAGGCGCUAGACAUUGACUCCAUCCGACAACCAGGCGGCUUCAGGCGGAACUACCUGCGCAGAGCUGCUGACAGUCCCUCCCCUGGUCCAGGCCCAUCUGGUUAUGGGACAGUCCGUCAGCCACGCCCACCGCCUCAGGUCUUCACGAGCAACUUCCUUGAGUUUUUGACUCUAUACGGCCACUUCGCCGGUGAGUCUCUCGAAGAAGACGACGAGGUGCUGGGCCCGGAUGAAUACUUCUCCUCCGAUGCACUAGAUUCCGGUGCGCAAAGCGAAGACGAAGACCGCGAGUACGGCGAGUCGAGCGCACUGCUGACCCCCGGCAAGCGGAGGAAGCGCAAAGUGAAGAAGACGGGCACUGGCAGCCCUACAGGUGCAGCCAUGCUGCUCCUCAAAUCCUUCGUUGGUACAGGUGUCUUGUUCCUACCCCGAGCCUUCCUCAACGGUGGUAUGGCUUUUUCGAACUUGGUCCUUCUUGGUGUGGCAGGACUCUCCUACGCCUGCUUCGUAUUGCUCGUCUCUACUCGUCUUGUGGUGGAGCACUCGUUCGGUGACAUGGGCUUCCAUCUCUACGGAAACUGGAUGCGCAACAUGAUCAACACCUCUCUUGUAAUAUCGCAAAUAGGCUUCUCGUCCGCCUAUAUCGUCUUCGUCUCUGAGAAUCUGCAAGCGUUCGUCCUUGCAGUGUCCAACUGCAAGACCUUCAUCGACAUCAAGUACAUGAUCAUGAUGCAGAUGGUCAUCUUCUUGCCCUUGUCGCUUUAUCGAAACAUCAACAACAUCCAAAAGCUCGCGUUGGUAGCAGAUCUUUUCAUCCUCAUGGGCCUUGUAUAUCUGUAUUAUUUCGAUCUCUUCACCAUUGUCGAUCAGGGCGGCAUUUCCGAUAUUGUCAACUUCAAUGCUAAGGACUGGACGCUCUUCAUCGGGACCGCCAUCUUCACAUUCGAAGGCAUCGGUCUCAUCAUCCCCAUCCAGACUGGCAUGAAGGACCCGAAGAAGUUCCCCAAGGUCCUGGGAGGUGUCAUGAUCAUCAUUACUGUCAUCUUCCUCAGCGCUGGUGCCCUGUCCUAUGCAGCAUUUGGAUCAAAGACUAAGACUGUCGUCCUUCUCAACAUGCCUCAGGACAACAAAUUCGUCAACGGUGUUCAGUUCAUCUACUCGCUCGCUAUCUUGCUAUCUACUCCGCUGCAGAUUUAUCCUGCGAUCGAGAUUACCAGCCAGCAGUUGUUCAGCAGGACAGGCAAGUACAACCCGUACGUCAAAUGGAAGAAGAACUUCUUCCGCUUCUUCAUAGUCUUGGUGUGCGCCUGUCUCGCCUGGGCUGGUGCGGGUGACCUGGACAAGUUCGUCAGCCUGGUAGGAAGCUUUGCCUGCAUCCCGCUGGUCUUCAUCUAUCCUCCCAUGCUCCAUUACCGGGCUGUCGCACGAACAACGACUGCACGUGUAGUGGACGUGUUACUCUGCAUUAUCGGUGCAGUUGGCAUGGUAUAUACAACAACCCUAACUGUUCAAAGUUGGAUCCACGGCGGUGCUCCCAAAGCUCCAGGCUACUGCGACAGCCGGUAG